UGCAGCUGUCAUCCGCUAGAGGGAUGAAAAGUUCGAAAGAAAAUCCCGAAAAAUGUCUGAAAAUGCGUUAAACGUGACUUUAGAGUUCUCCGGAGGAGCUGAAUUACUUUUUGGAAACAAGAAGAAGCAUCAAGUGACUCUGGAAAGCGAAAAUCAAGACACAGAAUGGAACAUUAAACGACUUCUCGCAUGGAUGAAAGACAAUUUACUCACAGAACGACCUGAAUUAUUCUUGCAAGAUGACACAGUGAGACCUGGAUUACUUGUGUUGGUUAACGACACAGAUUGGGAGUUGUUGGGAGAAUUAGAGUACAAAAUUGCUCCUAAUGAUACGAUCGUGUUCAUUUCAACACUUCACGGAGGAUAAAAGUCAUAUGGAAUAAUCUCAC